AUGAAGUUUCUCACAAGUGUACUUUCCACCUUUCUUUUGGCGGCAUCAUAUGUCUGCGCAAAAGAGGUCGAUGGUGUUUUCACCUCAGUGAAUAGGAUCUCCAAGUCCAGUGAUUCCCAAACCUCGACACAGAUUCCUUUUGACUGGUAUGACGUCGAAGUUGGAUGGACCAUCGACACAAGCAAAAUCGAGACCGGUGAUACAUUCAGUUUGACCAUGCCAUAUGUCUAUCAAGUGAGAAUCCUGAACAACGGUAUUUUAAGCACUUACUUUGAUAUCACCAGUGACGAUAAAACCAUUGCUUCUUGUGACGUUGACAAUGCAGGUGGAAGAUCCCUUGAGACUACUAUCACCUGUACUUUGACUGCUGAUCUUUCCUCUUACACAACCUUUUCUGGUACUGCUGAUUUCCUCAUUGUCUUCGACGCAGGUGGAAGAACAGAGACCAUUGAAUCUGCUAAAAAGUGGACUUCUGGCUCGAACGUUGUCACUUUCAACGGUGAUCUCUCCUCCCAAGUCUCUUUUUCCGGUAUCAACACCAGUGGACGUCAAUUCAUUUCCAGAAUUACCAUGAGAGGUGACACCUUCUAUUACUACGCUGCUCCAGCACAGUUGUGUAGAGGUGGUGCCAUCUCCAGUGGUACUUUCACCUUUGAGAUUGAAAAUGACGGUUAUGAACUUAAGCUUGAAGAUGUUGAGGCUUACUACACUAACCAAUUCAACUCUUUUGGUUUCCCAACUUCAUACAGCAACUUGGCCAUUACUUCAAAAACGUUGAGCAGUAACAAGAGAAGAGUCACUAUCGAAUUCGGCGCUAUUCCAGCAGGCUCGCGUUUUUGGUUCUCUGAUUACAGCAAUAAACUUGAUCAGAACUACCAACUUUACUCCGUUGUUGACGACAUAGAAGUUGUCUGUCAAGGUAGAGGCAGAGAUGGUGUACGUGAAACUACAAGGUUGACUCCAGUCAAGGGAGCUGCUGGAGGUGAUGGUGAUGGUGUUCAAAAACCUGUUACAAUUACCACUUCUAGCACAUGGACUAGAUGUA